UUUCAUAAAAUAAAAAUGGCUACUAAUAAAUUUCUGUUCGUUUGAACUUUGAAAGCACAAUAUUCAUUUAGGGAUAGAGAUCUAAAGUCGUUUUAUGAAAUAUUGGUGUAAAAGUGAUUGAAAGUUAACGAUGGCUGAUGCUGCGGUGGAAAACCGACCCUCGGUUCGCUAUUUUUGCCAUAGAUGUAACAUUUAUAUGUUUGAAGAUAUUGUGGAGAACUACACAUGUCCAUUUUGUGAAAGUGGAUUUCUUGAGAAGCUGGAAAAUGGAGCAGAUAGACCUUCACAGCAGGGUCAAACAUUCAGUGAUGCCAACAUGAGCAACACUAAUGAUGCCAAUAAUAGGGGCAAUACUAAUCGCAGAGGAUUUACAUUGAAUAAUGUCCCAAACAUUCUACAGGAUGUGGUGUUCCUGAUGUCAGGAAAUCGGUUAAGUGAAGCGACUAGACAUCGUCUUAGGAAUGAGGUGCGUUCGUCGAUGUUGAGUCGUCGCCACGGCAAUCGACCACCGGGAGCCAGGACUUUAGGCUUUCUGAGAUCACCAGGGGACUAUGUGUUUGGAGGGGAAGCUCUGGAUGCAGUGGUGACCCAGUUGAUGGGCCAGCUGGAUUACUCAGGUGCUCCACCGAUGCCUAGAGAUAUCCUUAGUGCCAUCCCCAGUGAACCUGUCACCGCGGAACAGGCUGCCGCCAACAUGUCUUGUUCUGUUUGCUGGGACAACUUUCUGUUAGGUGAAAUGGUGUCCCGCCUAGAGUGUGAGCACAUAUUCCACUCGAGCUGCAUAAACCCGUGGCUGGAGCUUCACGCCACGUGCCCCGUGUGCCGUUGCUCUCUGCUCCCAGCCAAUCACCGCCCAGAGCCACGAGCGCCUGCUCCCGCAUCUGACGGCUCCACCACCACCACCUCCAGCUCUACCACCACUACCAACACCACUCACGCACGUCCGCCGCGACACCUGACCUUUAUAUCCCCCCGCGUAGUAAUCCAUCGUUCGACACACCCGAUGUUCCGUCGAGGGUUCCACACGCACACUUGGGAUUCCCCACGCGAUAUGAGCACUUCUUCAGAUUCCAGUGCUUCUGUGACUUCAGACGGUCGCUGGGCACCUCAGACUCAGUCUGAUACCAGCACCGACUCUUCGUCUUCCGUUAACAGAACGCAAAAUUACCACACCGAUUUCGACUGCGAUUAAGGGUACAAAUUACCUGUUUUAAUGUUAAUAAAUACGUUUUGACAGGUGUCUUACUUGGCACUUAGAUUUACUCUUGACAGUCGAAUGACAUUGACGUUUGCUUUAGGCACAUAAAACAUUUUUCAAAUUUGUACAAUAAUAAUCUGUGUUUCUACUUUUCAUAACAGUUUUUCCAAAUUGCCACUUUUUGCGACAAACUUGUAUUUCAAGUUAUUGAUUCACCUGUCAAUGCGAAUAUAAUCUUUAAUUUAUUAAACAUAUAGGCUAUAGUUAAAACAUCACACUCAGAGGCGAUCGUUAAUGGGAUUUACAUUAGUCUCAUUCCCCAAUGUCUAUAUAUGACUUCUGACUUAUGGGUUCUAUUAUUUUUGCCAUUAUAUGUAUGUGAGGCAACAACAUAUCAUAUCAUGGAUGUUACAUAAAUGUAUUGUGCUUUUAAAAAUGUCUCUUAAAUUACUUUAAAGCGAACUUUUUAUUGUUAGAAUAUUUUGUUAUGCAUGCCUUUAAAUUACUAUUUAUCCGUAUAUAUCUUUAAAAAAUCUAAUAAUGAAUUCUUUGAAUAAAAAAUUUAUAAUGAAAUGCGACCUAAUUCAUAUUUUAAUUUUAUGUAUUUUAAAUGUAAAUAUGUAUUUGUAAGAAAUAUUAGAUCAUAAACUUAAAGUUUUCUGAUAUUCUAUAAUAGAUUGUUUAUAGCUCGGUUUUUAGUUUUUUAAAGGGUUUUAUUUUGUAAAGGUAAACCAAUAGAUGAUGUAUGGCAACACACUUGUUUCAGUCAUGCCAUUAUUUAUUUCCAGACAUGUUGCCACAAUAAUUACCAAAUUACUGGUAACACCGCAGGUUCUAUAUUAAGUUCCUAUAUUGUUUUUAAAGUAUUAUGGUUUUCAAUUUGUAGAUAUAUUCCUGAUUAAAAACAUAUAAGUGAGGUGCCGUUUUAUUAAUUUGAAUGUUGGGAUGAGAGAAUUUAAUGCAUUUCAAAUUUUAGAUCUAGAUGUAAGUUUAUGCCAAAGACGGAUAGAGGUAAAAUUUGAAAUUGUAUUUUUAGGUGUGUAAUGGUCUACUUUCUUUUAAAGAAAAUAUAGAAAUUUGAGCUCAAAAAUAAAUAGAGUACGGGCUAAAAUGCUGUUGAUUUUUUACACAAAAACAUGAAAAAUAUAUACAAAGGUCAUUUACUUUUGCAUGUCAUAUUCAAAAUCAUAUAUAUACCUACAAAUCUUUGUUGCUAUUUCGUUUAUAUGUAAAGUAGUAUUUAAUACAUUCGUAUGUUAAUUAAUGCGUAAUUCGAAUGAAAUACUGGUUUUAUUUUUAGUAUGUAGUUAAUCAUAAUACUGUAGUGAAUGUUAUAUGUAAAGCUGUGUAAUACAUUUGGAAUAUAAUGUCUAUGUCUAAUUUAAUUCCAUGCUUAUAAAAUGUUUGUAUAAAAUUAAUUGUAAUUUCAAGUGGAAAUGUCAAAAAUAGAACGAAUGUUUUAAAAUAAAUGCGCAACGAUGGGUGU